UUCAACCAGGAAAUCAGGUCAAUCCCCCUUUCGGUAAACAACUAGGCUCUCGAAAUUCGUAGUUUUUCGGCGCGGGACUCAAGGCGAGACUGUGGAAGAUGUGCUGUGCUCCCAUGUGCGGUGCUCCGGCCUGCGGUCCCUCGAUGUGCUGUCGGCCCGCCUGCCGGGUGCCGCUGGAGCCACUGCGUCCGGCGACGGUCCACCGCUGCUGUCCGGCCUCCAAGUGCGCGCUGUGCAGCCAGAACAACGCGGAGCAGGAGUGCCGCUGCACCUGCCAGCGCAACAAGCACAUCCUGGAGGCGCUGAGCUGCCUGUUCCGCGUCACCAAGUUCCAAAUGCUGACCACGCUCUUCCAACUGGCCUACCACGAGAGUCGGCCGCUGCCGCGCUUCCCGCGCGAUCGCACCUGGUCGGUGAUGGAGAACGUGAAGGCCCCGUACACGGAGCUGCACGACCUCAAGAUCUACGACAGCCUGUACGACCGCUGCGGCCAGCCCAUCGAUCCGUUGGACCGGACGAACGCCUACAAGCUGUUGCGCCUGAUCUUCCUGGCUCCGGUGCUGGUGCCCGAGCAGAAGGCCCAGCUCCUGGCCAUGCUCCUCCGGCUGAAUGCCCGUGCCGCCUGUCCCGUGGAGCUCAACGGCCUGCUGCUGGCCCUGCAGCAGGUGCAGCUGGAGGAGCUGGUGUGCAGCAUUCUGGAGCAGGAUGGCCGGAUCAAGCGGUUCCACAGCGCCCGCCAGUGCCUGCAGCUGUGCAAUCUCUACCACAAGGUGGCCGCCACGGACAAGAAUGCCGUGAUCCACAAGCGACGCCGACGCAAGGCGAAGUCCAAGGGCAAGGAUGCGGAUGCCCAGAAGAAGCCGCAGCGCAGGACCAUCACCCCGCAGAUAUACUGCACCCGCCGCGUCCCAGAGACCGAGGAACCGGCCAACCGUCUGGAGAGCGGCUCGCCCGUCAUCCGCAGCACCAGCAGCUCCCAUCGUCGCUCGUCCAACAAGAAGAGCUGGGCGUCGGGCGAGAAGGGUUCGCGCCGGGAGUCGCGCAACUCCACGGGCUCACCGAAGAAGGGCAAGAGCGAGACAACCGCUGCGGGAGUGCGGAUGCAGGGUGGCGACCGCCGGAGGAGCAAAUCGAGUCCAUAGCCGUAGGAAAACCAUUUGAAUUACGCACAAAUCGAACAUGAAAAUGGGCUAAAAUUUUGAUCCUCUUAAAAAGUAAUUAUUUGAAUGCAGAAUAUCAGAGAAUUCAACCACAAACUCACAGAGGUAUCCCACUUCAAAAUCGGAGGCCUAUUACUAAAGUUAUGGAUUAUAGAAGAGCAGUUUUGGGUCACUAUUCUGAAAGUCAUUGGAAAUAUGGAAAAAUCGGACAUGAAAAGGGACUAAAAUUUUGACCCGCUUAGAAAGGAAAUAUUUAAAUGCAGAACAUCAGAGAAUUCAACCACAAACUCAUAGCGGUAUCCCACUUUAAAAUCGGAGGCCUUUUACUGAAGUUAUGGAUUUUGGAAGUGCAGAUUUGGGUCAAUAUUCUGGAAGUCAUUGGAAAUAUGGAAAAAUCGAACAUGAAAAUGGGUUAAAAUUUCGACCUUCUUAGAAAGGAAAUAUUUAAAUGCAGAACAUCAGAGAAUUCAACCACAAACUCAUAAAGGUAUCCCACUUCAAAAUCGGAGGCCUAUUACUAAAGUUAUGGAUUAUAGAAGAGCAGUUUUGGGUCACUAUUCUGAAAGUCAUUGGAAAUAUGGAAAAAUCGGACAUGAAAAGGGACUAAAAUUUUGACCCGCUUAGAAAGGAAAUAUUUAAAUGCAGAACAUCAGAGAAUUCAACCACAAACUCAUAGCGGUAUCCCACUUUAAAAUCGGAGGCCUUUUACUGAAGUUAUGGAUUUUGGAAGUGCAGAUUUGGGUCAAUAUUCUGGAAGUCGCUGGAAAUAUGGAAAAAUCGAACAUGAAAAUGGGUUAAAAUUUCGACCUUCUUAGAAAGGAAAUAUUUAAAUGCAGAACAUCAGAGAAUUCAACCACAAACUCAUAGAGGUAUCCCACUUUAAAAUCGGAGGCCUUUUACUGAAGUUAUGGAUUUUGGAAGUGCAGAUUUGGGUCAAUAUUCUGGAAGUCACUGGAAAUAUGGAAAAAUCGAACAUGAAAAUGGGUUAAAAUUUCGACCUUCUUAGAAAGGAAAUAUUUAAAUGCAGAACAUCAGAGAAUUCAACCACAAACUCAUAAAGGUAUCCCACUUCAAAAUCGGAGGCCUAUUACUAAAGUUAUGGAUUAUAGAAGAGCAGUUUUGGGUCACUAUUCUGAAUGUCAUUGGAAAUAUGGAAAAAUCGGACAUGAAAAGGGACUAAAAUUUUGACCCGCUUAGAAAGGAAAUAUUUAAAUGCAGAAUGAAAGAGAAUUGAGCCGCAAAUUCAUGGAGGUAUAAACCUUUAAAAUCGAUCUCCAAUUACCCUAGGUUUGGAUUUUGGUAGUGCAUUUUUGGGCCUCCAGUCGGAAAACCAUUGUUAGCCCUUCUCUUCCUAUUCUCUGUCUCGGUCCAUCCAAAUUUUACUAAAUUCCGUUUUGAAGGGGUGUCUUUAUACAGAAACCUCUUGGUUUUGGAUUUUGGCAGAUAA